CCCCCAUCCCACCUCAAGCUGUUCAUCUUCACUGGCGCUCUAAUAUUCUUUGUCGUCCAAAAUGUCUCUUAACCUCAAGCUAGAAGGAUUUGACGAAAAUGAGAUUCCCUCCGGCCAAACAUACAGCGACCUCCAUGUCCUCCAUAUUCUGAACGAGUUUCUUCAACCCAACUCAAGAAAGCCCUUACAGGAGACUGUUGACUCCAUUCUAGCCCUACUUCCAGAGAAUGCGCCCUUGUCAAAUGAGGUCUGGUCUGCGGGAACUGUCAUAAUUGAAAUAGCGGGCCAGAUACCCUACUCGCACCCGGCUCAGCUGAAGCUCGCUAUCCUAGUGGAGCAGCUUUCAAAGGCGGACAAGUUCAUCGACAAGCCGGAUGAGAAGGGGAUACGCUACAGCUGUCAGAGACUCAAAGAGGCCUUGCGAGAUUCCUAUAAUGGCCCCAACGACGAGAUUCCGACCGAGUGGCCAGGCCUCAACGCGUUCUACGCCCAUCUUGACGCGCGCCACGUCUUCAACAACCACCCGACAUACAUGAUCUGGACAAUGCGCAGCGCCUUUGAAGAGAACGCCGAGGAUGACCCCGAGUACUUUCCCGGCAUGAAGGACCAAUGUGUCCUUGCUGCUGCACAGUAUAUUCUGUGGAGUGGCCAAGAGCAAUUCAAGAGGAUUGGAUUCAGUGGUGAUGUUGAUGAAGACUUGCUGCGGGCCUGGAAACCGGGUCCGUUGUACGGUGGAAAGGCGGCGUUUGGGUUAGAGAGGUGGCGGUUCUGGAAGGCUGGGUUUCAGGCUGCGGCAGAGGAUUUCGAACUUGGGAAGGAGGCGAGGGAUGUGGCUGAUAGAGCGGCCGGGUUGAUGGAUGCGCUGGAGAAUGCUUUGUUGUUUUGA